AUGCUGCAUAAUCAAAUGAGGCAGUUUUGCCUCCAUAGUCAAUCUCUCAUUUUCUUCUUUCUGAGCCAGUCAUUCGCUCCCAGUGUUGUAGCAAUACCCACAAACCACUGUGCCGAUUGUGGCAACCUUUCAACACGGGCAGAUUUUCUUUCGGUCUCAAGGAUAUGGAAGUUUGACGACUCGCGAAACUACGGCAAUGGCUCUACAGUCGAUUCACUGCCCCCCAAGGUUUGGAAGCUGGCUGGGUCUACCGAAGACAACGAAGCUUUUCGCUCGCUGUACAAUCUGACUCUCGUCGACGCCACACCCCAAGAGGCCGCCUCAAUGCCCUCCUGGCCGCAAGUCCUCUUCCAAUUCCUAGUGGUGGCGCCGCCCAUAACUGCGUGUGGCUUCGGCUCAACACAGUACUCGUUCUUCGGCACGACCAUCACGCCCGCGCAGUUCCUCCAGGUGGUACUUCGCCCUUCAUGUCCGUGGCAUGAGCGACAAGUCCACUGGGGGUGGAUGUCGGUGCUUGGAUGGGCCGCCUGCUACGACCUCAUGGUCCACCCCUUUGAAUACUAUGCCCUGCCCCCGCUGGGCUUCCAAUGGGUAGCCUCCUCCGCCCUCGUCAUUCAACGGUGGGUGGGCGGCUUGGGCACCGUGGCCUACCAGCUCGACAGCCUUAAUGAGUGCGUCCCUGCCUAUGGCAUGGCCUACCUGGAGCAGGGAGCGCGCAGUCACAGCUUCCGCAUCGUGCAGAGUGCUACGUUUGCCGUGUCUACGCUCUUUAUGGCUCAGGGGCUCUUCAACGGCAUGAUGGUCAUGCCGGCCCUCACGGAGCUUGUGAUUGCUAUUUUUGUGGCCCAUGGUGGUAUCUGGGAACUGCAUGAUUGUGGAAUUGGAACCAGGUCAAGGCUUCCUGGACUCAGAUAUCAGCACAAGGUGGAAGGUUUUUGCAUCAUUCGUGGGAUUCUGAGACGCAGGAGAUACAAGCGCAAUCUGGCAUGGUCGUAUGUGGUGGUGACGGCACCACACGCGCACUAG